CAGAAGAUGAAGGUGAAGAAGUCUCGUGGGCGCCUGAUCUCCUCCAAGAGAGGGAUCGUGGUGAGAGGUGAGUGGAAGGCGGUGAAUAUGGAUCCCGGUCUGUUCUCGGAAGAGGGUCUCGACGGCCUAGUGUGUUUCGAGGAACUGACCGAUUAUUCCCUGGUGGAGCCUGAAAGGGCCGUCGCUGUGGGGGAAACAUCACGGAAAGACAAGAAGAAGAAGAAAAAGAAGAGAAAAGCCAGCGAGAUAGAAGCUGAAGAGGAGCUGCAGUCUGACGCUGAAGAAAUACCUGAUGAAAAGAAGAACAAGAGGCAGAAGAAGAACAAACGAGAUGAGGAAUCCCAGGAUGAAACUGUGGAAGACAGUGGUUUGGAGGAUCAGAUCUCACAGGACGAGUCUUCUGACGUGACUCCAGAAACACAACAAAAAAUAUCCAAGAAGAAGAAGAAGAAGAAGCAGCAGCAGAAGAAGACGACACUUGCAGGCAAGGCAGACGCUCCGGCUGAGUCUAAGAAGAAGAGCCGGAACUGGAGCAGUGCAGCCUGUCGUGGAUCCGGAGGUUCGGGAACAGACGUGUCGGCGUGGAAGGACCUGUUCGUACCUGCGCCGGUUUUAAAAGCUCUCAGUGAACUUGGGUUCUCAGCGCCGACUCCGAUCCAGGCACUGGCGCUCCCGCCGGCCAUCAGAGACCGACUGGACGUGCUGGGAGCGGCCGAGACCGGCAGCGGGAAGACCCUGUGUUUCGGUAUUCCAAUGAUCCACAUGAUUCUGGAAUGGAAGGAAGCGUCGAGUCACAAGCUGACAGAUGAACUCAGGAGCCCUGAUGACGCAGAGCCACGUGUGGAGAGUCUGUACCUGCCGAAGGACACGAGUCCUGCGCAAGAGACGAGCGAUGAGCCGCGGGAUGAUGACGGAGAGCAUGAUGAGCCGCGGGAUGGAGGCGGAGAGGAUGAUGAUGGAGAGGAUGAUGAGCCGCGGGACGCUGAAGGUGACGAUGAUGAACCACAGGAUGGAGGGGGAGAGGACUGUAACCCUCCUGAUGAAGCUGGACCGGAUGCCUGUGCAGAAAAUGAACCGCAGAAGCAGCCGCUGCUCGGCCUGAUCCUGACCCCCACCAGAGAGCUGGCCGUUCAGGUCAAACACCACAUCGAUGCCGUGGCUCGCUUCACAGGUAUUAAGACGGCGAUCGUGGUUGGUGGGAUGGCGACGCAGAAGCAGCAGCGGAUGUUGAUGCGGCGGCCCGAGAUCGUCAUCGCCACACCGGGACGCUUGUGGGAGAUGAUUAAAGAGAAACAAGCUCACCUGCAGAACCUGCGACAGCUGCGGUGUCUGGUGAUCGACGAGGCCGACCGCAUGGUGGAGAAGGGCCACUUUGCAGAGCUGGAGAAUCUGCUUGAGAUGCUCAACACGUCCCAGUUCAACCCCAAGCGGCAGACGUUCGUGUUCUCGGCCACGCUGACCAUGGUGCACAGCCUGCCGCUGCGCAUACAGCAGAAGAAGCGCACGAAGAUAGAGCAGCGCAGCAAACUGCAGCUCCUGAUGGAGAAGGUGGGCAUUAAAGACAAACCCAAAGUCAUCGACCUGACACGCAAGGAAGCCACGGUGGAGACGCUGACGGAGACCCGGAUCAACUGCACCAAGGAGGACAAGGACCUGUUCCUGUACUACUUCCUGCUGCAGUAUCCGGGCCGCAGCAUGGUGUUCGCCAACAGCAUCGACUGCAUCAAGAGGCUAAACGCUCUUCUGCAGAUCCUGGACUGCAGUCCUUUGCCUCUGCAUGCGAACAUGCACCAGAAACAGCGGCUGAAGAACCUGGAGCGCUUCGCAGAGAAGGACAGUUGUGUCCUGCUCACCACUGACGUCGCCGCUCGAGGGCUGGACAUUCCCAACGUUCAGCAUGUGAUUCACUAUCAGGUUCCUCGCACGUCUGAGACGUACGUCCACCGCAGCGGCCGGACGGCCCGAGCCACUAAAGAGGGUCUCAGUCUGCUCCUGAUCGGCCCUGAUGACCUGAUGAACUACAAGAAGAUCUGCAGAACCCUGGACAAGAGUGAAGAUCUGCCCGUGUUUCCAGUGCAGGAGAAGUGCAUGGCUGCCAUUAAAGAGCGAGUGAAUCUGGCCAGGAAGAUCGAGAAGAUGGAGUUCUUCCACAGCCGAGAGCAGCAGCACAACUCCUGGGUCAGACAAGCGUCCGAGGCCAUGGAGAUCGACGUGGACGAUGAACUGCUGAUGGGAGGUGGUAAAGGUGAGGAUGAGGACCGAGAGCAGCAGAGGCUGAUGAAAGGCCUGAAGAAGCAGCUGAAGCACCUGAUCUCUCAGCCGGUCUUCAGAAACCAGAUGAAGACCAAGUACCCGACACAGAUGGGUAAACUACACCUGCCUCAGCUGCCCAUCUCCACAGCGGACACGGCACUGGCCAGCGUGAGCCGUGGCAGACAGACCGGCACGCAGCAGCGGUGACACCAGAGUCCUGCUGGUACAUUUGUAAGGAAAGAGGAAAUGGACAGUUACCAAAGGAUGGGACAUUUAAAACAUCUUAACACUUUCAGAAAGCAGGCAGUGAACAACACAGCGCUCCAGUGACGGUCUGAGACGACACCAUGUCUGUUAUGGCACACGUUUAAUGCGUCUUUAUGGAUGUAACGUCAGUGUUUUAUGUCUAGUGGUUUCUAACCUCAGUGGACUGAUCCUGAUCCGUUCAUCUGUAAAUGACUGCCGUUAAAAAUGUAUUGUGAACAGAACUGAUUGUGUUUAUAAAUAAUGAACUAAAGAUCUUUCCUGACCUGUAAGACCAGUUUUAAAGGGAAAGAAAGUUUAAAUCAUUGGAUAGAUGGAGUUUAUUGAUCUUUUGAGGGGAAUUGUUCAUUUAUGUCCCUUAAUAUUUCUCUAUUUUAAUUAUUUUUUGUUUAUUCUAUCAGAUUUUCUCAUUUUGGGCAUUUCACCUAUCCAGACAUCCAUUCUAAUAGAUGAAGUGUUUCACUUAAAACAUCCUCACACGUUUUACUCUCAUGUCGUUUCAAACCCGUAUGAUUGACUUUGUUCUGAGACGGUUAAAGGCUGAAGAGGCUCAUAAACUUGUGCUUCAGUAUUUAGUCAAACUAAUCCUCGAUAAUGACGCAGUGUUUCAGCUGAACCGUCACACAAUAACUACUGAAAUGAUUUCAAUGAAUUACUGAUAAAGCAGUUUAUGUUGCAUAAUAAAAACGUGAAUGGGAUCAUUUGAUAAUCUCUUUAAUGCACAUUUUGAGUUUAAUGCACAGCAUCUCUAACAGUCUCUUAUUUAUUCAGCAAAAGUUUAGUUUCAAAGUUCACAAACAGCAGGAACCAUCAGAAACAUUUAACUGUUUCACGUUGACUCUGUUAACUCUUUCCCUGCUUACAUUUUUGAAAAAGUUGACAGCAUUUUUUAUCAUUUUCACAGACGUUUCAUGACCCCCAGAAUAUUUUGAUGUAUUAAUAUCUGAACGUGCAAUAAAAAAACAGAGCCUCUGCUUUUAAACAAAA